AUGGGGAAUGUUGGAAGCCGUCUGGAAGACUCUGGGAGUCUCUAUUUCAAGGACCAAACCAGGUUUACGAUCGCAUCGGUGACGAUUACGAAUUCCAAGAAUCGCGUCUUGUUGAACCUCAUUCCGAACGCCUUUCCCGCCACCCGAUACACGGCGAAGCGCGAUCCCGGGGAUGACACCCCGAUAGAGUACAUACAGGACCCCGAUCUUCCUCCGUCCGCGGGAGCGCCCUCCUUUCUUUUGCGCCUAUCCAACGAGGACGAGCUAUGCUUCAAAUUCACCUUCAUACUGAGACAAACGCAGACGGGCAAUGUCGCCAAUUCCACAGUCAAUGGCGUUUCGACCUCGCUCCCUGAAGUGGCGGACACGGUGCUGACGGGGCUGACCUUCGCCCAUGCGCCGAACUCGCGGGAGUUGGAUAAUCUGAUCACGCGGGAGUUCCAUGCCAACCCGAACCUGCAGAAUAACCCCAACGUGCAGUUCAUGGGCGACUAUUCGACUAGUGGUAGCCCGUCGGUGCAGUUCGAGUGGUCCUGGAAAUGGAAACCCCCCAAGCCGACUGAGGACAAAGGCGGCGGCUGGAGAAACAGCUGCAGCUUCCUGGACUACGACCAGCGGACCAACCGGCUGAACACCCUCGCCCAUUUCUCGUUCUGGGUGCACAAUAACGUUCGCUCGCUUCCCAGCCCACAGAUCCUGUCGCCGAACCUGGAAAUCAGCGUCCCGCCUCGGAACCGCAUGCCUUCUUCGCAGUCGGUUCUCUCGCAUUCUAGUGAUGUGGAAUCGGUUUCCAACCCUCAGAUUCCUCCUACUACACCGCCAGAGGUGGGUGAUACACAGGUCCCCGCCCCUCCACCUCCCGUCAAGGUUGACCUUCAACAUUCGCGGCCUGGCGAGGACAUGAGUGCGGUGGAGGAUGGCCCCUUGUUCCGGGCGACGAUGAAAGCGCUCGAGCAGAAGACCGGGAAUAUGCGCGCCAAGAUUAAGAAGGUCCUGAAGAAGGCCGAGGCGGCUCAGCAGGCCCAGACGAUCUGCAAUGAUGCGGUCGAUGCGUUUCUUUCCGCUUUGAGCGAAGCGUCGACCACCAAUGCCAACGCUAUCCAACCGGCUUUGGACCACUACUUUGAGAAGACUGCACGGCAGAUCUUGAGCUACGAAAGGCUGAAUACGAUCCAGCUCCAACGGCUGGUCAUCGAGCCACUGAUAAAGCUCUACAACAACGACAUCAAACAAGCCGAGGCGAAGAAGAAGGAAUUUGAGGAAGAAAGCAGAGACUACUACGCCUACGUGGGACGUUAUUUAGGACAACGCCAAGACUCGAUGAAAGAGAAGAAGCGGGCUGAGAGUGAUUCCAAAUAUCAGGCCAAGCGUCGGAAUUUUGAGCUGAAGCGCUUCGAUUACUCUUCCUUCAUGCAGGAUCUCCACGGAGGUCGUAAAGAACAGGAAGUUCUUUCGUACCUGACCAAGUACGCCGAUACGCAAGCCAAGAGUUUCCUUGCUACCGCGAAGAAGGUGGACGAUAUGAUUCCUCAGCUGGAUGCUCUCAUCCACGAAGUCAAUCAAGUCGACAAAGAGUUCCAGUUCCAGCGGACGGAACGAGAAGAGAAGCGAAGAGCGUUGGAAACAGGCAGCAAUACGUAUCUUGAGCCUGACCAAUUCACGACCACGGGUGUAUCCUCAAUCCCAGGGAGCGCCAAUGGAGGGCAGAAGGCAGAUAGCGAACUCGGCCGUGCGGACAGUACGGGGUCACAACUCCGGAGUGUGACCAGCAAUACAUCUUCCUUGUCCAUACAAGGAAGUUCCUCUGGCGUGAACAGCUCGGCUCCGACGUCCAUCCCACCGUCGGCAGCGGGUUCUUGUGGGCAGCAAAAGAAGGAAGGGCUUCUUUGGGCACUGUCCCGACCAGGGUCGCACAUCGAUCCUAAAGGCAUCAACAAACAGGCGUGGCAUAAGUUCUGGAUUGUGCUCGAUCAAGGAAAGCUCACCGAGUACAGCAACUGGAAGCAGAAGCUCGACCUGCACAUGGACCCGAUAGAUCUGCGGAUGGCAUCAGUCCGCGAGGCGCGGAACGCCGAACGCCGGUUCUGCUUUGAAGUCAUUACGCCCCAGUACAAACGCAUAUACCAAGCUACCUCGGAAGAGGAUAUGGGCAACUGGAUCCGGGCCAUCAACAAUGCCUUGCAAAGCGCUGUGGAGGGCCGCGGCAUGCAGUCUCCUCCGCUCUCGUCCAGCAAUGAAUCGUCAUUUGGUCGAGAUAUUGGGUCGGUGUUGACGGGCAAAAACUCAUACGGGGGCCAACCGUCCCAUUCGACUAGCUCGACCAGCAACGUUACUCGGCGUACGACGGUAGGUGCACGACCGAGUUACGUCCGGGGCGAUAGUCAUAGCUUCGAGGAAAACCCCUCCAAGCUGCUACAGACGGUUCGGGAUGCCGACCAAGGCAAUAAUUGGUGUGCGGAUUGCGGGUCUGCGUCCAAGGUGGAAUGGGUCUCUAUCAACCUGGGGAUCGUUCUGUGCAUCGAGUGUAGCGGCAUCCACCGAUCUCUAGGGACGCACAUCUCGAAGAUUCGGUCCCUGACGCUGGAUGUGAAUUCGUUCUCAAACGACAUUGUCGAGAUCCUUUUACAGGUGGGCAACCGGGUGAGCAACAUGGUGUGGGAGGCCAUGCUGGACCAGUCUCAGAAGCCGUCGGCCUCAUCGACGCGGGAACAGCGGCUGAAGUUCAUCACCGCCAAGUACAGCGAACGAGCCUACGUGCAGCCGCUACCAUCGCCUUUGUCGCAUUUUGCGACGCCCGAUGAAACGCUGCUCGCGGCGAUCAAGAAAAACGACAUCCAGGGUGUCCUCUACGGCAUCGCGCUACGUGCCAACGUCAACGUCACUGACCGUUCCCGCAAUACCCAUGCGGUCUUCCUCGCCCUCGCGGCUGCCGACCCGGCAUCCCCCGCGUCCAGCGUUUCCGCACGAUCCAGCACUUCCGUGAAAGCCAUCCCCUUCCCCAUUGCGGAACUGCUUGUCCAGAAUGGGGCGGAGAUCCCGUCGCAGUCGCCUCCGAUCCCGCUGUCUCCGGCGGCGCAGCUCUAUCUGAGCCAACGAACGGCCCGAGUGUCUGCGUUUGGCCUGCCCGCUACGUCUGGAUCCCAGAAAGGUACAGCAGACACGCUGGGCUCACUGCCUAGCAUCCGGGGCAGCAGUGAGAACACAUCGUCGUCGCAGGGACCGAGCUCGCUGGAUAGCAAAGAGCGCGAGAAGUUGCACAAACGGGGCAGUGCUGGCGCUCGGUUUGCAGGCAAGGUGGCGUCUCUGGGGAUGGACCGGUAG